CAGGGAAGCGGAGCGAGCGGCCGCGGUCGCGGAAAGGGGACAGUCACUUCCCGGAAGAGGCGGGGCCGUGUGGGAGAAGGCGCGGAAUUCGAAGAGCUUCCCUGGAGCUUUCCGGGUCAAGCCCCAAACCCUCCUUCGCUUGGGGCAGGAAAGAGGAAGUCUUUCCUUUUUCUUUUGCUUCUUUUUGAGAAAAGAAAAUUUAGAAAGUUGGAAGCAUCAGUAGUUAGGAUUCAGGCCAAUCUGGUAACUCACCGACGGUCGGCUUUCAGAACCAAGGAGGAAGGGUUGUCCCGCAGAUAACCACGAGAAUGGGAGUGAAUGACUUGUGGCAAAUCUUGGAGCCUGUUAAACAGCAUGUCCACUUGCACAGUCUCGGCGGGAAAACCAUUGCGGUUGAUCUGAGUCUCUGGGUAUGUGAAGCACAGACAGUCAAAAAAAUGAUUGGGACAGUCAUGAAGCCCCAUCUCAGGAACCUAUUUUUUCGUAUCUCAUAUUUAACGCUAAUGGAUGUAAAACUUGUGUUCGUUAUGGAAGGGGAACCCCCAAAACUGAAAGCUGAGGUCAUAAGUAAGAGAAAUCAGAUUCGGUACGGACCGUCUGAAAAAACAAGGGCUCAGAAAACAGGGAGAUCACAUUUUAAAUCAGUCUUAAAGGAGUGUCUUGAUAUGCUGGAAUGCUUAGGAAUUCCCUGGGUCCAAGCUGCUGGGGAAGCUGAAGCCAUGUGUGCUUACCUCAGUGCCAGUGGUUAUGUAGAUGGUUGCCUCACCAAUGAUGGAGAUGCUUUCCUUUAUGGGGCCCAGACUGUUUAUAGGAAUUUCACUAUGAAUACCAAGGACCCACAUGUUGACUGUUAUACAAUGUCAUCCAUCAAGAGUAAACUGGGUUUGGAUAGAGAUGCUCUGGUUGGGCUAGCAAUACUCCUGGGCUGUGAUUAUCUUCCAAAGGGAGUUCCUGGAGUUGGAAAAGAGCAAGCAUUAAAACUGAUAAAGAUUUUGAAAGGGCAAAAUUUACUUCAGAGGUUUAAUCAGUGGAAUGAAGAAUCUUUUUACUCUAAUUCGCAACCAGCAGUCGCUAACAAACUGGCUCAUUGCUCCGUGUGUUCCCAUCCGGGUUCACCUAAGGAUCAUGAACGCAAUGGAUGCAAAUUAUGUACAACGGAUCGAUACUGUGAACCACAUGAUUCUGAAUACUGUUGUCCUUGUGAGUGGCACCGAACAGAAUGUGAGAGGCACCUAAAUACAGUAGAGAACAGUAUUAAGAAAAAAGCUUGCAGUUGUGAGGGAUUCCCAUUCCAUGAGGUUAUUCAAGAAUUCCUUUUGAACAAGGAUAAGUUGGUGAAGGCAAUCAGGUACCAAAGACCUGAUUUAUUAUUGUUUCAGAGAUUUACUCUUGAAAAAAUGGAGUGGCCCAAUCACUAUGCAUGUGAGAAAUUGUUGGUACUGUUGACCCACUAUGACAUGAAAGAAAGAAAGCUCGGUAGAAGGAACUCAAAUCAACUACAGCCAAUUCGAAUUGUUAAAAACCGAAUCAGAAAUGGAGUUCAUUGUUUUGAAAUAGAAUGGGAAAAGCCUGAACAUUAUGCUAUAGAAGAUAAACAUGGAGAAUUGGUUUUACAAACAAUAGAAGACGAAUCAUUGUUUGAAGCAGCUUAUCCUGAGAUUGUUGCUAUUUACCAAAAACAAAAGUCAGAAAUUAAAGGGAAGAAACCAAAAAGCAUGAAAAUUAAGUCCAAAGGAAACAAUUUGCCAGAAUCAGAUGACAUGAUGAGUUUUCAGUCACACAUGACUUUAAAACCCACAUGUGAAAUCUUUUCUAAGCAGAAUUCCAAGUUAAAUUUGGAAAUUUCCCCUGAUUCUACAUUACCCCAGGAAUCUAUUUCUGUGUUAUUGAAUACCUUGCGUUUACCUGAAGAUGCUCCCUGUUUGAAUACACAAGAACAGUUAAUAUCUUCUCCACGACCUUUGGCUGUGCAGCAAAUUAAAUCUGUCAGUAAGUCUCUAACUGCAGAAUCUAGUCAACCCAGUACCUCAUCCCAUAAUAUAUCUGCAAUUGCUGAUCUGCAUUUGAGCACCAUUGACUGGGAAGGUACUUCUUUUAGUGAUUCUCCAGCUAUCCCAAGGAACACUUUUGCUCAUGGUUUAAAAUCGGAACUUGAAACAGCUAUCCCUGAUAGCUUUAAAACUAUUCCAGAGCAACUGUCAUGUGAAUCAGAAUGGUGCACCACAAAGAUUAAUAAACUGUUCGAUUGGGAUCUUCAAAAGACUGAUCCUGAAGAGCACCUACUUUCUGGCAUUACUGAUUUACACCUUCAGGAUUUACCUUUAAAGGAACGAAUACAUAUAAAAUCAUCAUAUCCUCAGAAUAAUGUACAACCAGAUGAUGAUCUGAAAACAUCAUCCCUACAUACUGUAAAAGAACACUGUAUUGCUAAUAGUAGUUCUGACUGUCCAUCUCAUCUUUCAAAGGAUCUUCUAGGAAUUCAUUUGCAAAAUGAAUCUAAAAACUAUAAAGUUCUAAAAGGAGACCAGCUCUUUCAAGAAAGCUAUAAAGUAAAUACUUCUAUACCUUAUUCUGUCAAUAACCUGAUAGUAAAGACCUCCAGUGUUAGAACUGGACGACCAAAUACUACUUUAGAUCAUAGUAGAAAAGUUGAUAUGCACACCACUCGGAAAACUGUAAUGAAGAAGAGCGUUUGCCUUGACAGACACGCCUCUGGUGAAGAAAGUGUCCCAGAGUCUGGGAAGGCUAAGUCCACAACUCAAAAAAUGAAGCAGAGCUCUCAGAAGCAUAGCCCAGCCCAGUUCAAGAAAAAUGAUGCCAACAAAUUGAGUGACCCUAAAGCACAUAUUAAAGAAACUGAACAGUGUGUCCAGGCUUAUAAAACAGCUGGAAGUGAAGAAACCUGUUUCCCAGAUGCAGCAAAAGGUUCUCUGAGUUUUCUAUGGUGUCAUAAGGAAAAACAUGACUCUGGAACCUGUUUGGAUAGUCCUCUUCCAUUGAGUCAGAGAUUAAAACUAAGGUUCCAAAACACCUGAAA